UGCGGGUCUUGCUCAGUCAGUCGGCUAACUAAAGUGCAUCAACAAGCUAGUUAGCACCGCCGAGUGAACGCCAUGACCGCUCCGAGAGGAGCCCCGCUGCUUUUACGAGAACGUGGAUACCAACUAUUAACGACACCUUUCAUUUGGUUGUGAGUCGCUGCCUCGUUCAUGCGGUCGCUGGUGUCCGGGGGAGUUUGAGCUCGGAAGUGGCGGGCACCGUUCAGUCGUCCCAGCUUGAGAGGACAACACGGAACACUCACCGAAGAGCAUGGUGGUUCCGGACAACGCCAGCCUGGUCCCCCAGCCUGACAAUGGUAGUCUCCCUGGCCUCAUGGAGGGCUCCAUGCUUGGAUGCGAAGAGGAAGUAGAGGCAAGUCAAGAGCUAGCAGGGGUGGAGCUGGAGGAGGUCCGAAAGUUGCAAGAACUUGUUCAUAGAUUGGAGGUGCAGAAUGAGACGCUGCGCAACCGGGGAAGCAAAAACAUCAACAGAGGAGCCAGCAGCAAGAGUAACCUCACAUUGGCUGUCAAUAUCAAUGAGAGGCUAAAUUGUGGAGGGGAGCGCAGAGACUUGGAGCUGUUAACUCCGCUAGAAAGCUGCAGCAGCAGUGAGGACAUGUCCCCACUCCCUGGGACCAAAAGGCUAGAAGUAGAGGAGGAGGAGGAUGGAGAGGAAGAUGCAGUGGAGGAUGCCGGUCCAUGCAGCGGCUUCCUUACGUUGACCUGCAGCGGAGGACUGAGACAAACCCAGGGCCAAAGUAUGACGCCUGACAGCCCCUCGCAAGAGAGUUAUGAUUCAGAGACCCUAGCAGAAGGCGAUUCAGGUGUGGACCAAACGGCAUUAGAUGAGGUGGACGUUCUCGAAUUGGAAGAUGAGUGUGCCGAAGUUGAAGAUGAGGACAGUUGGUUGUAUGUCUCACCUAAAAAACAAGUAUCGAACGCAGACCCCGAGUCUUCUUUGAAGUGGUGCCGGCAGGUUCUGGACCACCGUAGCCCAGAGACGGAGAAGGCAUGUCGGACCCUGAUAAAUCGUUUGGACCAGUCAUCCCGAUGGAGGAACAUGUACAGCAGCCCAUCAACAGAGACCGGGUCGGCAGGAUCAGGCUUGAUCUCUCCUGGGUACCACAAAUCAACUAACAAAUCUCUACUAACCUGUGGCAGCUCAGGUGUUUCAGGUGGGCCUUCAGCUUUGAGCUCCCAGUCCUCUGUAGACAGUGAACUCAGUACUUCGGACGACUCUAUCUCCAUGGGUUAUAAACUGCAGGAUCUCACUGAUGUCCAGAUCAUGGCUCGCCUACAAGAAGAGAGCCUGAGGCAGGAUUACGCUUCCAGCUCAGCGUCUGUAUCACGCCGUAGCUCCACGACGUCCUUGCAAUCCCUUCGCCGAGGCGGCACCUACAGCGACCAAGAAUUCGACAACUACAGCCUGGAAGAUGAAGAAGAUGAAUUCAGCCCUGUUCCCCAGCAACGUCGCCGCUUCACUCCCUCGCCUUUGGGGUCACCUCGGUGCCUGUCGCCCUCCACCUCCAACCAUGGUCAGGAGCAUAGCAGCAGACUCGGGGCCCCUCGCACAAGAACACCCAGACGCUCUCUACAGGGGCCUAGUGCAGAACUCCUCAAAUUUGCCAAAAGCGAGGAAGAGUUGAGGCACAGCAUGCCUAAUCUGGCUCCCCGCACCAGCCUACGAUCCCUGGAAGCAGUCAGAAACAGCCGCAGCAUGGAGGCUAACCUCCAGAGCUCUGGCAACCGCAUGUCCCACUUGACCCCCUCCCCCACCUCAGGUAUGGCUAAUAGUCGCCUGCGUGGCAACGGCCAGUCUCCUCUCUCUAUUCGAGCUCCAGUGAAAGCUGUUACUCCCGUGGGCUCCAUGGCAUCUCGUCAGCCUUCCAGAGGCCUGCCUGUUAUUCAAACGCCUACUGCAACUGGGGCCCGCAGGGUCCAGCCUACUGGCGCUGUUAAUGGCAGAGCCUACAUGCCAGGGAGAACCUCCACUGGGACAGGGCGAGCCGCGAUGGGCCGAGGACAGUCUACGCCAACAGCAUCCACCAGAAGCAAACUAUCACAGCCUGCCAGAAGGUCUUUGGGUAUGGCUAGAAUCUCAGAUGAAUCCUGGAAAGAUGGCUGCUACUGAGUCUGAUGGCCGAUUAAGGAAUUUCACUGCUGCAAUCCUUGCUUAACCUCUUCUUAGUGACAUCUUACAGUUUAAAGUACAAAGAAAAGUGAGAACUGGAUUUAGUAGAGACUCAUCUCUUUAGCUUGCAUGAAGCAUUGUGAGCAACAUCCAGUAUAGAUGUGUUGAUGAACAAGAAGGCACACUUAAAAAAAAAAAAAAAGGAUAUUGUGGACAAUCUCAGAGUUUCCAGAAGAUUUGUUUGGCUAAAUUUUACUUAUUUUUCUAUAGUAAUUGUGAGACACUGCUGGAAUAUUAGUUGUAAUUACUUUGUGAAGUUAUUAAUAUGAAGGCAAUUUAAAAGAACAUGUUGGUUUUGUUCCUUUCCGUGUAAAAUUCUACUAAAUGUAGGUGCUGCAUGCAUGUCUUUUUUUUAUGUUCCCUUUUCAUUGUAAUGGAACCAUAUUGACAGUUCUGUCAUGUGUCGCACAAUAUUGUGUGAUCGUUUUGGAAUGAGUAACAUUGUUCAUUAUCCGAAUUUUGUUUACACGGCAAUCAAACCGCAGCAUUGCGCCACACUGCCCUCGUUGAUAUUUAAAAUAUAUAUGUAUAUGGAUUGUGCCAAGGUGCAUCUGAGACGCAACACUCUUUCCCGAAUGAUCCUAGUCCAAUGAUGCAUUAUUUUUAUUGCACAUGCAUUGGCGUUGUCUUUGUGUUUUGGUAUCUACUGAAAUAAAGUAUGUUUAUGCAAUAC